AUGACGAACAGAAGGAAACCUUCGGAGGUGGUGGAUGUGUUUACCAUCUUGGCUGUGCUACUGGCUUCACGCGUGCACACGCUCCAGCUGGCCCCGCGCCAGCUCUUCUCCCCAGCCUGCCCGCCUGCCCUGGGCACCAGACUCAUAAAGGACGAGGAAGGGCCCGGGGUGGGCUGGCCGGGUGCCAUGAGAUCGCAGCCCCCGAGGCUCUCGCCUCCCCCUGAGCUGCCAGACACCUGCGUAAUGAGUGUCAUUACUGGGGACCCGCCGGGCAAGCCCCGGCUCGCCCCAGCCACCCAGGCUCACCGGGAGAGGGAGGCGGACGCGGGCCCCGAGGCUGACCCCAGCCUGGCUCCGGAGAGGAUUCAGACGCCCAAGUCAGCGUCCACGGAGCCGGGCGGCCAGGUGCCGCUUCGACUCCACAGCACAGCCCGAGGGCUGCCCUGCCGGGUCAGGACCACCACAAUCGCCCCCACCAUGGAGGACGCCGAGUGCAGCGGGGUGCGGCCACGGGCCAGGCCCAGGCUGUGGUGCCACCAGAGAAAGGCACAGUCGGAAUUCGAAUGCAGCUCCAAGGGAUGCCCGCAAGUGCUGUGUCAUGCUCUGUCAUGUGGCUCCGGGUCAUUAAUACCCGAGUUCUGGGAAGCUUGGGCCGAGUUCCCGGAAGGGGUCAGCCAGUUCAGUAAACAGAUUGGCUGGGAGGACGCUGGGGAAAUAGGCCCAGAGAGCUUAAGCAACUGUCCCAAAGUCACACAGCACGCAAAACAGGGCUACAGCCUGAGGACUCUGGACGCGAACCACCUCCUCCCUGGAGCCCCACGGACCCCCACCUCAGCGGCCGCUGACCCUGGCCCUGAGCCCCGGGAGAACCACGAGGCCGGGCUGGGGAAGGCCCCGUCCUGUUUAGGUUUUGUGGUCUCUCGCCUGAGCCGCUCGCCCUGCCCUGAUGUCUUCACCCGCCUCCGCUUCAGCCAGCACCCUGCACCCCUCACCCUGUUCACGCUUCCGGACCUUGGCAUGUGA